GAAAAAAAAUCAUUCGUGGCCUUCAAUUUUUUUCCUUCUUUAUAUCGAAAAGCAUAGGUAAUUAUUCAUCCUACUACUUCAAAACGACGACGUUUAGAAGACGUUUAGUAUGCAAAUUUGCUACUUCUCGUGUCCUUUAGAUUUAAAGAACGAAACAACCACUUGGCACCAAAACUUUCUUUCAUACUGAUUAUUUACAAAACUUCUUGGCGUUGAAGAAGACUAAUAGUUACUGCGUCGUCGAAGAGAUUGUGUAAACCUCCUCUGCUGAUUCUCACUUUCUGCGUGGAUUCAAGAACCUUUUGUGAGAAGUCUUGUGUUUGAUUCGAUGGCUUCUUCAGAAGUCAAUACUUCUUCAGUAUCUACUCAUGGUGGCGAUGAUACAUUCCCACAAGUAAACGAUAUGGGUGAAGAAGGCGAUUUCCAAGCUCCUGCGAAUGCUAACUUGGCUCUGCUUCAAUCUAGCGCCAAGAAUACACCGAAACCUCCUCCUCUUCCUUGUCUAACCUACCAUCGUUUCCAUGCUUCUACAAGGAAACCUCUGAGCUCAUCAUCACGCCUUGUGCCUAAAGAAACAGUAGAAACUUGGGACAAGCUUUUCCAAGAAGGAAUUGGAGCAGAUACAUACGUUGAAGUCGAUAACAAGUCUCAUUUUCUAGCUCAUUCAUGCGUACUGGCUGCAGCUUCACCUGUUUUGCCGCAACUUCUUUAUCAAUCAAGGGAUAGAAAAGGGAAAGCACACCUCAAAUUCUUUGGAGUUCCUUACGAAGCAGUCUACAUGUUCAUUCGGUUUCUCUACUCUUCAUGCUACGAGGAGGAGGAGAUGAAGAAAUAUGUUCUCUCUUUGCUGGUUCUAUCACACUGCUACUCAGUUCCAUCUCUCAAAAGAGUUUGCGUAGAGGUUCUUGACCAAGGAUGGAUCAACAAGGAGAAUGUCAUCGACGUGCUGCAACUAGCACGAAGCUGUAACGCCACGAGGAUCUCCUUUGUCUGCGUCUCAAUGGUUAUCAAAGACUUAAAGUCUAUAGCUUCAACGGAAGGAUGGAAAGUGAUGACACGUGGUGAUCCUUUGCUAGAGCAAGAGCUUCUUGAAGGAGUGGUGGAAGCAGAUGCUAGGAGGCAAGAGAGAAGGAAGAAGGUGGAGGAGAGGAGAAUGUAUUUGGAUCUUUAUGAAACUAUGGAAGCUCUUGUCCACAUAUAUAGUGAAGGUUGUGGGACGAUAGGGCCUCGAGAUAAGGCACUUAAAGGAAGUGAAGCUGUGUGUAAGUUCCCUGCUUGUAAAGGAGUUGAAGGUGGGCUGAGACAUUUCUUGGGAUGCAAGUCUAGGGCUUCUUGUGCUCAUUGCAAACGGAUGUGGCAGAUUCUUCAGCUUCACUCUUGUCUCUGUGAAAGUUCUGGCUCUUGUGAGGUCCCUCUCUGCAGAAACUUCAAGGAGAAAAUGAAAAAGAUGAGCAAGAGAGAAGAGUCUAAAUGGAGAUUGCUUGCGGCAAACGUUAUUACAGCUAGAAACAGACUUGGGCCAUUCUCUUCACGCUGCUCUGCUUUGAUAUAAGAUAGGUUUUACCGUUUUAGUCUUUUAGAGUCAUUGAAAUGUAAAUAUCUACUACAAGGGAUAGAACAAGGUGCACAAUAGUGGUUUUGGAGCAUUGUCUUAACCAUGUUGUUGGUUACUUUUCUAUAUACAUGAUGAGUCGUGAUCCGUGACAGUAUUGUAAAGAAGUUUUCGCAUCAUCUUACACAUUUUUUGUAUACAGUGUGUUGUUCAUAUUAAAGUAGUAUAUAUAAAAUUGGCAUCAGAAGACUUUAA